ACCUUCCCGGGCAUCCUGGCCGACGAGGUGGUGCUGAAGCGCCGGGGCAACCUGCUGGUGCUGUGUGCCGUGCUGGUGCAGGGCCUGGCGCCCGCCAAGCUCCACUUCCUGGUGGGCUACACCGAGACCCUCCUCAGCCACUUCUACAAGUGCCCCGUGCGCCUGGAGCUGCAGACGGUGCCCAGCAGGGUGGUGUACAAGUACCUGUAG